UUUUGUUUUUUUUUUUUUUUUUUUUCUUUUACUCCUCGUAGGCGGGGCUCCAAUCUGUCAUUGCUUUUGGACGUGAGCGCUCUGGGGGUAGAGACUGUCAGCUCUGUCUCUACCCCGAAGGAGGUGUGGUUGCAGCUGCUUCACACCUCAUCUAGACCUCUGACGAAAGAGCAGCUGCGGCAAGCGGCUGAGGACACAAACACCCUCAACGCUGAGUAUCAGAAGAUCCCUACUAACUUCGUGAGCGCAGCAGAGCUGGACGUUCCUGGACACGCCAUCAAGGACAGAUAUAAGACCAUCCUGCCCAAUCCGGAGACCCGUGUCGUCCUGCAGAACCUGGACGAAAAAUCCGAGGCUGGACCAGUCCGUUACAUUAACGCCAACUACAUCAGGGGUUACAGAGGGACCCCGAGGUCCUACAUCGCCACCCAGGGCCCCUGGGAGGAGAAAAGCAGCAUCAUUGUGAUGGUGACCAGACUGAAAGAGAACAACGAGAAGUGUGAGGCGUACUGGCCGCAGCCAAAGAAAAGGACGAUUAAGGUUUUGGAGGAUGAGGAGGAGCAAAGGAGGAAACAAAGUGUAGACCAUGAAGAGGAAAGCGAAGUGACAAAUCAAUUUGGCAGAUUCCACCUGAGAGUAAAACACUGUCGAGAGGAGGAUGGAUUCACAGUCACAGACUUGGAGAUCCAGCUGGGUUCAGAGCAUCGUCCUAUCAGACAUUAUUGGUUCACUUCCUGGCCCGAUCACCACAUCCCAAAGUGCACCGCUCCUCUGCUGCUGAUGGUGGAAGAAGUAGAGACCUACAGGAAGUCCCUCCUUUCACCUGAUUCCCAACCAGGCGCAGAAUCCGCAGGUGGACCAGGGCCAAUCAUCGUCCACUGCAGUGCAGGUAUCGGUAGAACGGGAUGCUUUAUAGCGAGCAGCAUCGGCGUUCAGCAGCUCAGAGACACGGAUCAGGCGGAUAUUCAAGAGACCGUGUGUCAGCUCCGGCUGGAUAGGUAAGAUUCGGAUAUUGGUGCGCCAUCCCAACCUGAUAGAUUU